UAUUCGACCGGUUCAUUAACAAUAACUCUUGUGUACUGUGGAGCUGCAUAGCAUUUAAAUUGAUUGUUUAAAGCCUAAGACUUCAAAUUUAAGUGUUACAAAAUUAGCUCGCAUCUUUGCGAAAUCCUGCUCACUUGAGAAAUAUUUCACCUCCAUAAGAAUUAGCCAGUAUGUGGAAAGCAACUGCCGGCCAUCAGAUACAAGCAACAAGCGCAGCCGAGGACGAUGAUUGGGAAACGGAUCCCGACUUCGUUAACGAUGUCAGUGAACAAGAGCAGCGCUGGGGCUCCAAGACAAUUGAUGGCAGCGGACGCGAUGGAGGUGGAGCCAUUGACAUGGACAAGCUGCGCGAAGAGACGGAAAAAUCGGAUUUAAACAUGAAAAAACAAUUGUUAAAGGAUCAAAAUGCCGGUUACGGCUACGGUGGAAAAUUUGGCGUUGAGAAGGAUCGCAUGGACAAAUCGGCGGUGGGACAUGAUUACCAGGGCAAAGUGGACAAGCACGCCUCGCAGGUUGAUUACAGCGAAGGCUUUGGCGGCAAAUACGGCGUACAAACGAAUCGCGUGGAUAAAUCGGCCUUGGGCUGGGAUCAUAUCGAAAAGGUGGAAAAGCACGAAUCCCAAAAGGACUACUCUAAGGGCUUUGGCGGUAAAUUUGGCGUACAGGAAGAUCGCAAGGACAAGUCAGCAUUAGGCUGGGAUCACAUCGAAAAGGUGGAGAAACACGAGUCGCAGAAGGAUUACUCUAAAGGCUUUGGCGGCAAGUUUGGCGUGCAGGAGGAUCGCAAGGAUAAGUCAGCCGUUGGCUGGGAUCACAUUGAGGCGCCUCAAAAGCAUGCCAGUCAGGUGGAUCACAAAGUCAAGCCCAUCAUUGAAGGCGCCAAACCGUCAAAUUUGCGUGCCAAAUUUGAGAAUUUGGCCAAAAACUCCGAGGAGGAGACACGCAAGCGUUCCGAGGAGCAGAAGCGUCUGCGUGAAGCUAAAGACAAACGCGAUCGCGAGGAAGCCGCCAAGCAAACGAUUGUAGAGAAUACGCCGCUGCCAUCUGCCGAGGAGGCGCGCACGCCGCCCGUAAAGGGCAGCCGAACAGCCAUACAAACUGGACGUUCCGGUGGCAUAGGCAAUGCUAUCAGUGCAUUUAAUCAAAUGCAGUCGCCGGUUACAGAGACACCACCAGCACGCAAGGAGCCCAUUGUCAUACCCAAGGAGCCAGCGCCCGUCGAAGCAGCUAAGCCGGCUGUAGUUGAGCAGCCCGCCGCACCGCCAGCCGCUGUGGCCAAAGAGAUUGUGGGAGCAGAGCCGAAAGUCAGUGCACCACCGCCGGAUGUGGUGCCCCAAAUAGAGAUUGACACUGUUGCAACGCCACCGUCAAGCGAACCUCAAUCGCCAGCCCAUGUGUCAGUUGUUGAGCAAACGCCCGCACCAGAGCCGCAGGCGCAGGUGCAGGUGCAAGUGCAGUCACAACCAGAACCACAGCCGGAGUCAGAGCCGCUCUAUCAAAACCAGGCAGAGAUCAAGUCGGCGUCGCCAAUGCCAGCUGCUGCAUCACCCACACCAGCAGCAAAUGGUUCAGCGGCUGCUUCCGAAGAGGCCAUCUAUGCCAAUUCGGACAAUUUGGCGGACUAUCUAGAGGACACCGGAACACAUGCAAUUGCAUUAUACGACUACCAGGCAGCUGAUGAUGAUGAAAUAUCCUUUGAUCCCGACGAUGUCGUUACACACAUUGAGAAAAUCGAUGACGGCUGGUGGCGUGGCCUGUGCAAGAAUCGCUACGGCCUCUUUCCGGCCAACUAUGUGCAAGUUAUCAAUCAAAGCUCCUAAUCGCUGGCAAUGCUGGCGCAGGCGAAUUCAUUCAUUUGAAAUUAUUUUCAAGAACAAAAUCAAAUUAUACAAUAACUACUUAAACAGCGAAAUCAUGUUAAAUCAAAAUACUGAGUCAUCGUUUAUAUUUAUAUAACGUGCAUGCUUUAUUAAUGUUUUCUACUUGCAACGAAGAGACGUUGUUGUUGAAAUUAUUUUCUGUAAAUUUCUUUUUUAAUUUCUGUUACAUUUUACAACGCUCUCUCAUGCCCCGCACGCAAUAUAUUCCAUUUUCUUUUAUAUAUAAUCAUAUAUAUCAUUCAUUAUCGAUUUACAAAA